CGCGCAGCAGACGCUGUUUUCGGGGAAAUCCCAUUAUUGCCACGAUUCGAGAACGAAGUUUAACGACAUAUCCUGCGAGGCUGCGAACCAAAGUUCUCAGAGUUUGAUUCACGGACUUCAUUGCACAUAAUACGAACAUAUCUUGGAGGUAAUAAUUAAGAAAUCUUGUGGAAGCUCCUGCAUGAUGGAUGCCCUCCUUGAAGAACUCGCCAAUCUCUCUGAUUCCGAUCUUUGCAAAGAACUGAAAUCGGCCGGUCUCACUUUCGGAGGCAUCUCAAAGUCGACGCGCAAAUUCUUCGAAAAGAGACUCGCCACCCACAAGCUCAAGGAACAGGGUCUUGAAGACGAUGGACAUCAGGACAAAACAGAAUCACAAAAUGCCGAAGGGCAAGACGAUCUUCCUUCACCAGGAGAAAGCAAGAAGGAAGACUCUGCAACAAAUGGACAAACAGCAGAAGAGAGACAGACUGGUGACCCUGUAACAAACAGCAAUAGUACAGGUAUCAAUAGAGCUGUGCGAGACGGAGUUGGGAGUGGGAACCAGUCUGCAUCCUAUGUGAAAGGUGAAACCGUCUAUGUGGUGUGUAUUCCAGUGGAAGGAGGGAUUGGCCAGAAUGAUAACUCAAGCAUCUGUUCAGUAACCAAAACAAUCUCCCAGAGCAAAAAAGAAGCAAUGAAGCUGAUGAAAGCAAAUACAGAAGCAAGAUUCCGGACCUUCAGAUCCUUGGAGGAAGCCCAAAAUUUCACCAGAUUGCAGGAUAAUCUCACCACACCCAAGAAAGUAAAUGGUGCUUCCAACAGCUCAGAGCAGCCAGCUGUGAGCGACCGAGCAAACACCUACCGUACCCCCAAGUCUCAACAGCUAACUGGCCUUCGGUUUGUCAUCGAGAAGAGGGACGCAGAGAAGUUUAGGACCCUCGUCUGGGAGAACCCAGGAUAUCUGGUGUCUUCAGUAGACACCCCCUCAGUUCUCCAUGAAGGCUGCAAGUACAACGCCCUUCACGUAGCAGCCAUGAAGAACCUUCCUGACAUGAUGGAGCUCAUCUUGGAUACCAUCAACGAUCCGGAGAUCCCAAAGCUUCUCUACCCAGGGGACUCGGAGGAGAGCAGGGCAGAUCGAUGGGGGUUUGUCACACACCUCUAUCUGAACUCCUUGGAGAAAGGGAAUGGUGAAACUCCGCUCCAUUUUGCCAGCAAGUUUGGUUUCACAGAAUGUGUGCGCAUCUUACUGGACCACCCAAAGUGUAAAAAGACGAUGACCAACAAGUAUGGGGAGACUGCUAGUGAGAUUAUCUGCAACAGAUACAAGAACAAUGACAAAGAGAAAGUAAAUUCAGCCAUUGCAGAACUGUUAGAUGAUCACUUCUACAUUCCCGUGUGGAGGGCAGAUGACAAUUCAUUGCCGGCUGUGAUUGGUGAGCCUUGGUCGCCCGAUGUCCCUAACGGCCAAUCAGCUCUCUUGUCUGAGCAAGCCAAGGGUAGUCCCAUAGACAGUAACAUAUUACUGCGAGCCCUGGCCGGACCCAUGUCACCGUCUGAGGCUGUUGACUUUCAGAAGGACUGGAAAACACCGCCAUCUUUCAGUAAAAGGCAAGCAGCUGCUAUCAGAAGAGGAGACAGUGAGAAAGGAUUGGAGAGACUAGGAAGAGAGCUUGCUCACAACAAAAAUGUACCAUGGAUGGAGUAUUGGUCAUUCCUUGACGACUUUGCCGACUUCUCCACGACAGAGGGUCUGGAAAUCUUAGAAGACUAUCUAGAGAAUAGAUGCCACGAACUGACGGAGAGUUCCUCCCAGAAGAAAAGCAGUGUCACCAAGGUCCCUGCUGCUGUGAUGAAGAAUUUGGUGUCCGAGUUCAUCACCACAAGUACCUCCAAUCAAGUAGGAGUCGAUAAGGAAGCAGUGACUGACAUAAGCAACAGAUCUGAUAUGGAUGCUAUGGGUGCUGAGAAGAGCAAAGAAGGAGAGAUAGGAGUUAGUGAUGUGGGAACAAGAAAGUGUGAGCCAGAUAACCAGUUUCCUCAUGAACAAACAGAAAAAUCUACAGAUGCAAGAAGUGACAGGCACAUGGAAAAGCUACCAAGUGAACUAGAGGAAAUGUCAUUGAGCAUGAAGGAGAAAUUGGAUAGGGACCCUGGAAAGGGAAAGGUGAAAAAUGGACAUGGAGAAGACGACAGUUCUCUAGGAAAGAACCUGAGAUUGAAUGCUGGAGGUGAUUCCUGUACUGUAAAUGCAGUUCCAUCGUCGGAGGGAGGUUUGACAAGUAUGCCUGCACCAGCCUUUGACACUACGAAGAAUGAACCGUCGAUGAAGGCGCAAGCAACAACGCUUGAUGAUUUAGGAAGGGUCGGUAAUGAAGGGGAGUUCAAAGAAACAUUAGAUCUGACCGCGCAUCCUGUAGUUAGUUCAACUUGCAAGCCUACCAAGAACUCAACAGAAUCCGAAGCCAGUAGCAAGAGUGCAGAACCUGCCUCUCCUGUUGGUGCAGCGAGUGGGAGUCCUGGACCAGAGUCAAGCAGAGGUUUAACUGCAAGGACUCCUGAAAGGACAUCAAUGAUAGGACAGGUGGCCAAGCUGUUGUAUAGUCCAGUCCAGAUGAUGCAUAAUAUGAUGGCAAAACUGAACAUAGUGUCUCCGAGACGACAGAUAGCCAAAGAAGAGAAUGACGUUGACACUGGUGAAGCAUUGGUAAGUUCCAAGAUGGAAGAUGAAAGGACAGAGGGAAUAACUGCAUCAAGCGUUACUACCUGUAAUUCACAAUCUGAUCAGAAAAGCCCUUUAAAUCGUCAGCAGAAUCAAACAGCUUCUACAGAACCGAAUGCUUUCGGCGAUGCUAAUGAGAACACAAGAGACACGGAUACCACAGAUCCUGGUGCUUCAGGAGAGCACAGUUCAGCACCUAGCACGGCUACAAGCCUUAGUGGAGAUGGCACAUCCCCUUCUCGAGUGACAAACAUCAUUGACUCUAACCUUGACCAUGACCCACAUAGUCAUGAAGAGAAUGCCAGCCCAGAAAGGACAGGGGAUGUAACUGCUGCUGGUGUCAUUGGCUUCCAAACACCAGAGAACCAGAGGCUCAUAUCUACCCCUCCACAGGCAGCAAGUGUCGGUCUAGAGUUUGGAGCUUUCUUCAUAAAUGGGUAA